AUUCUCCUCCAGGAGCAUCAUCUGAUCUUGCACAGGAAGAGCAGAGCUUUCAGUCGGUUUCAGAGGGACACACGACCCCAGAGACUGCCAGCCCUAACAAGCCCAGGACCUUGGAACUUGGGUUGCAAAGCCCACCAAGCCCUGAGCAUGGAUUUGUCCGAGGAAACAGGGGCUUGGGAGCUACUGAUCCAGCCAAAGAAGCUUCUCGGGGGAGCAUUGAAUAUCGAAGAAAGCAGAAAGGCAUGGCCACUAGGUUAAGCCGACGGCGCAUCUCUUGCCAGGAACUGGGACAAGUAGACUGCGAUGGCUGGCUCUUGAAGAAGAAGGACCAUGUGGGCUUCAUGGCCCAGAAAUGGAAACGAUUCUGGUUUGUGCUGAAGGGGCAGACUCUUUACUGGUACAACAAUCCAAAUGUGAGUGCACCCUGAUUGCUAAUGUAUACAGUAGCCAGAAAGUGAUAGCCCUUUAAAAGUUAGUAUUGCCAGAGGGUAAAGCCAC